AUGCCUAAGUUGGUGACACCAAGUCGCUCGGGGGUUCAUCGCUUUGCUUGUUUGGCGCUCUACCGAGCUCUUCUCCGACAAUGUUCUCCUUCGGCCGGUAGCCAACCGUGGCUGGCCGAGACCAAGUCUCUCGUCAUGGAAAGAUUUCGAAGAUACAAACAGCUUCAGAGUCCUUCUCAGGCGGCGAAUGCUUUAAAGGCCGGAUACAAGACCCUAGAUUUGCUUGAUUCGGCAUCAAUAGGCAACAAGCAAGAUUCAGAACAGAUAAGCACGAUUCUUGCGCAAGCCAAAUCCGUGAAGGAGCAGUUCGCAGCCCAACAAAGGAAAAAGGCGAAGAUGAAGAAACCGUUAUCGCCACUAGAGGAAAGGAAGUUGGAGACGAUUCGCUCUGAGCUCGAAACUUGGGAACGGAAUGCAGACUCCCCAUCGAUCUUAAACCGCCCACGGCCUGUGAGCGGGAGACGAAAAGUACCGGUUUUGGUCAGUGCGCGUGGAGUGCCAUUCUUGCGCAUCAAAAAGCCACAGCCGAAAAAUCUAAGUGGAGUUAUCCGAAAUAAGCUGGAGAAGCGCUGGCAUCGGAUUGAAGUGCGAGAGAGGUUGCAAGCGGAUCUUCUUUUUGCCAAGGAUCAAGAUGUCUGGGAUCGCAUAACGAAUACCAAGGACGAAGGUGCAUGGGCUGAAGAGCCCAAACUUGCUCUAGAUGACAUUUGUGAAAAGAUUCGGGAUUCCGAUAGGAAGAAUCGCGAAUUGGCCGAGAGCAUGUGGAAGGUUGUCCUCAAAGAACGAGAAGCACUUGUGGAAGAAGAGAAGGAGAGACAGACACAGGCUUAG